AUGGAACAACCUCUCCCUCAGGAAUCCUGGGGACAGCUGAACCCGGCAGAUCUGCUCAAUAACCCCAACGAUAACAACGUCACAGAUAUGUAUUUGAACACGUCUGCACUUCCUAACCGAGGUCAGGACUACAAAUUGCAGCAACUGGAUGACGAUGCUUUUAAUGACCUGUUCGAUUCCAAUUAUUCCAACAUUGACAAUCUAUUGUCCCAGGAAUUGAAAGAUUUGGAUAUCCCCUUGAUCCCACUCAAUAAUAAUAAUGAUAACGACAACUUCAAUUGGAAUCAAUUGUCCCUAGACAUGAAUAAUAACAACACUCACCAAUAUAACAAAUCAAUGUCCUCUCAUAAGAGGGGCCCCAGUGGGACAGCCAUCUUUGGAUUUCUCAAUCAUAACAAGAAUUUAAGUAUAUCAAGUAAUCAACAGAAUUUUUUGGAUUUGUCAAGAGAUCCUAAUCUUGCGGCUAUGAAUGCAUCCAUGAAGGAUACUGCAACAACGACGACCCCCAAUGCAAUGAUAAGUCAAACAUUAUUUAAACAACAGGAGGAAUUACGGCUUGCAUUGGAACAACAAAAGGAAGUAAAUAAGAAGUUGGAAUUACAACUAAGAGAGAACCAAUUACAACAGGAGAAAUUACAAAAAGUACUAAUGGAACAAGAAAUGGUUGCACAACAACUAGUACAAAAUUCAUCAUCACCACCACCUCCACAACAAGGUUAUAAUACUCCUUCCUCCAAGAUAAGGAAAAAUCCAGCAGAUGAUGCUCUAAUUGUUACAUCCAAUUCCAUGAACGGGAAGUAUCAAUUUCCACCACCAUCAAUGGUAUCUCCACCAAUGUCUACCGCAUCCAUGGAUGGAUCACCCAUGAGAAGAGGAAGAUCACAAAUGAGACCAAGGUUACAAAACUCGCCAACAACAACAUCAUCAAGAAACAACGAUACAUCCCCAGAAAAUUUACUCGCCACAACGAACUAUUUCCAACGAUUGAAUGAUGAAAGAUCAUUCCCAGAUGCUUUGAAUUCACCCCUAUACGUCCCACCACCUCCACCGGCACCUCUGAAAGACAUAUCCAGUUUCCACCCAUUGACACCAAGAACACAACUCACCCAUCACUCACCAUUCCACAACAAGAAGGACUCGGUGAUAUCCACAGUAUCCACCAUUCCACAGGAUGAAAAUGAUACACCAUCACCAGAACAGCCACAUUUUAAUAUUCUUCCAACUAUACCAGGCUCAUCAGAAAACACACCGCAAAAAAGCAACCCCACAACAACGAAUCACUACCUCCCACAAAAGCAUACAUUCCAACACAACACCCCAGUAAAGCAGCAACAAAGGACACCUAUAAAGACAAGCCCGACAAGGAUAACAAACAAACCAAGCACGUUACCACGAGGAACCAUCGACCUCUACGUCAAGGAACUCCCGGAUAAAUUAUUUGAAUGUCUGUAUGAAGAUUGUGGUAAAAUUUUCAAGAGACGGUACAACGUGAGAUCUCACAUUCAGACUCAUUUGGAGGAUAAACCAUACGCAUGUGACUUCCCCGGGUGUGAGAAGGCAUUCGUUAGAAAUCACGAUCUUGUAAGACAUAAGAAAUCUCACGCUAAUAGAACCUCCUCACCACAGAAACGUGUACAGAAGGAUCACAGCAAUGAGGGAACUCAAUCAAAUAAUACCAGCCCUGUGAAGGAAGCCAUUCAAAGAGAUAAGGAUGGGUCCAUCAUGUUGAAAAUGCAGGAUCAAUUAAGGGAUGAAAUGGAAAAAUAUGGGUUUCUACGACCACCCUCCUCUGCUGCUAAUACAAAUUUGGUGCUCACACCAUCUCCAGAACGUGUUCCGCCUUCUUUAUAUAGCUCAGAUUAG